AGCAGCCUGGGGGUCCGAACCAGGGCCUGCACACCCCCUGGGAAAGGAGUAGGUGCGACCCUGACAAGGAGCAGAGAUGGGGAAAAAACUGGAUCUUUCCAAGCUCACAGAUGAAGAGGCCAAGCACGUCUGGGAAGUGGUCCAACGGGACUUUGACCUUAGAAGGAAGGAAGAGGAGAGACUAGAGGGGUUGAAGGGCAAGAUUAAGAAGGAAAGUUCCCAGAGGGAGCUGCUUUCAGACACGGCCCACCUGAAUGAGACCCAUUGUGCCCGCUGCCUGCAGCCCUACCGGCUCCUCGUGACCCCAAAAAGGCGAUGUCUGGACUGCCACCUCUUCACCUGCAAAGACUGCAGCCACUCCCACCCGGAGGAGCAGGGCUGGCUCUGCGACCCCUGCCACCUGGCCAGAGUCGUGAAGAUCGGCUCGCUGGAGUGGUACUACGGCCACGUGAGAGCCCGCUUCAAGCGGUUUGGAAGUGCCAAGGUGGUCCGGUCCCUCUGCGGGCGGCUGCAGGGUUUGCCUGACAGAGUGCACAGCUCGCCCGACAUCAACAGUGGGCCUGAGCCAAGCCCUGGAGAGAGAAGUGGAGACAGCAGUGAGCAGACAGUUGAGGAUGGAGAACUGGACACGGCAGCCCAGGCCCAGCCCCUUGGCAGCAAAAAAAAGCUCCUCCUCCCCACCCAUGGCUUGGACUUCGAGGCAGACUCUGAUGACUGCACUCAGAUUUGUGAUCACCCUCGUCGCCUGUCCUCAGUCUCGGCGGCCAUGGACAGCCUGCAGGCCCUCACAGGUGAGCCCUGCGCAGAUGAGGCCACCUCCCAGGAGGCCGUGGUCCUGGAGGAGGUUGAUGCCAGUGCCUCUGGGUACCACUCCCAUCCAGAAGAGCAGACAGACACUCUCUCCCCUGCGGGACGGACCUCCCUCACUGAGCUCUGCCUGCCUGGAGAAUCCUGCACAAAGGCCCUGGGGAUCGCUGCUAUGUCUGGGGCAAACGUCAUGGGGAAUGAGCAGCUCCCCUCCCAGUACCUGGCCGACGUGGACACCUCUGAUGAGGAGAGCAUCCGGGCUCACAGGGGGGCCUCCCACCAUUCCAAACGCAGAGACCGGACUCCAUCUGAGAACCAGAUCUUUGAGCUGAAUAAGCGCAUGUCAGCCGUGGAAUUCCUGCUGACCCACCUGGAGAACACAAUCAUGCCUCCCUCAGCCAAGUGUCUAGCUGCCAGCGCACCCACGGAUGCCGACAUAGAAGAGGCGACUCUAAGGAGAAAGCUGGAGGAGUUGACCAGCCACGUCAGUGCCCAGGGGACCUCGUCAGAGGAGGAGGAGGGCAAUGAUGAAGGGGCAGAGCUGGACAGGAGCACCUCUGUCGAGGACCUCCUCGAGGUGGCCCCGAAGGUGAGGCCAUCUAGCAGUCUCAGCAGGACACAGGCAGAGGUGUGCACAGCCGCUGGACAAACGUACCGACAGGAAAUGACCCCUCGGGGCCCUCAGGACCCCAUGCAGCCCAGCAGGACCACGGACGAGGAGCUGUCAGAGCUGGAGGACAGAGUGGCCGUGACGGCCUCCGAGGUCCAGCAGGCGGAGAGCGAGGUUUCGGACAUCGAGUGCAGGAUCGCAGCCUUGCAAGCGGCGGGGCUCACCGUCAGGCCCUCGGGAAAGCCGCGGAGGAAGUCCAACCUCCCGAUAUUUCUUCCCCGACUUGUUGGGAAAAUUGGCCAGAGGCCUAAGGAUCCAAAUGCAGACCUGUCGGAUGAGGUCAAGGUCAUGGCUGUGCCCUACCUGCUGAAGAGGAAGUUCAGUAAUUCCCCUAAAAGUCAAGGCAAAGAUGACGACUCAUUUGAUCGGAAAGCGGUGUACCGCGGGUCCCUGACACUGAGAAACCCCAACGGCAGGAAGGGGGCUGCCAACCACAGCUUCGCGAAACCUGUGAUGACCCACCAGCCCUAA